AAACUCUGUAUCGAGGUAAUAUCUCUCCGGACCCCUUGCGAUUCCCGUGUUUUGCGCGACAACAUCCUCCUGACAUCCGAUAUCUAGGUGUCUCCCGAGUCGCGCAUUGCCUUCAUCUCCGAACAGCUGUGCAUUGGUUGUGGUAUCUGCCCCAAGCGCUGCCCCUUCGGCGCCAUCACCAUUAUCAACCUGCCCACCAACCUCGAGAGCCAGAUCACCCAUCGCUAUGCCGCCAACAGCUUCAAGCUCCACCGUCUUCCCAUGCCCCGCCCUGGCAACGUCUUGGGUCUUGUCGGAACGAACGGUAUCGGCAAGAGUACCGCGCUCAAGAUUCUCUCCGGAAAGCUUAAGCCCAACCUGGGCAGACUACUUCACCAAGCUGCUCGAGGAUGACCUGAAGGCUGUUGUCAAGCCCCAGUACGUCGACCAGAUCCCCAAGGCCAUCCGCACCCCCGACAAGAGCGUCAAGUUCCUGAUUGAGGGCCGCCGUUCUCUCGAUAACCUUGACGAGGUUCUCGACACCCUUGAGUUGCGCCAUAUCUACGACCGUGAUGUUACCCUCCUUUCCGGUGGUGAGCUCCAGCGUUUCGCCAUCGGUACCGUUUGCGUUCAGAAGGCCGAUGUCUACAUGUUCGACGAGCCUUCCUCGUAUCUCGAUGUCAAGCAAAGAUUGAGUGCCGCUCGCAUCAUUCGCUCUCUCCUCCGCCCCGACGACUACGUCAUUGUCGUCGAGCACGACUUGUCUGUCCUCGACUAUCUCUCCGAUUACGUCUGCUGUCUUUACGGCCAGCCUGCCGUCUACGGUGUCGUCACCCUCCCUCACUCCGUCCGUGAAGGUAUCAACAUUUUCCUCGAUGGUCACAUCCCUACUGAGAACUUGCGUUUCCGUGACGAGAGCUUGACCUUCCGCAUUGCCGAAGGCACUGAGGAGUUCAUUCAGGAAAAGUCGCGCGCCUUCAAGUACCCUGCCAUGGAGAAGACCAUGGGCAACUUCCACCUGUCCAUCGACGCCGGUUCUUUCUCUGAUUCCGAGAUUAUCGUCAUGAUGGGUGAGAACGGUACUGGAAAGACCACCUUCUGCCGUCUCUUGGCCGGUGUUCUUAAGCCUGACGGCACCAAGAGGGUUCCUGAGAUGAAGAUCUCCAUGAAGCCCCAGACCAUCACUCCCAAGUUCGAGGGUACCGUUCGCCAGCUGUUCUUCAAGAAGAUCAAGGCUGCUUUCUUGUCCCCUCAGUUCCAGACUGAUGUCGUUAAGCCUUUGAAGCUUGAUGAUUUCAUUGACCAGGAAGUCAAGCAUCUGUCCGGUGGUGAACUUCAAAGAGUUGCCAUCGUUCUUGCUCUCGGUAUUCCUGCUGAUAUCUACCUCAUCGAUGAGCCUUCUGCCUAUCUCGACUCCGAGCAACGUAUCAUUGCCUCCCGUGUUAUCAAGCGCUUCAUUAUGCACGCCAAGAAGACUGCCUUCAUCGUCGAGCACGAUUUCAUCAUGGCCACUUACCUUGCCGACCGUGUUAUUGUCUUUGAUGGCAAGCCUGGUAUCGACGCUCACGCCAACAAGCCCGAGUCUUUGCUUACUGGCUGCAACACCUUCUUGAAGAACCUUGAUGUCACUUUCCGCCGUGAUCCUACCAACUAUCGCCCUCGUAUCAACAAGCUGAACUCUCAGCUUGACCAGGAACAGAAGCUCAGUGGCAACUACUUCUUCUUGGACGAUCCCGAGAAGAGCAGUUAAAGACGGCAUCUCCAAUGAUGUUCUUCCCAAGAAUAAUAAAAAUAGCGGCAGAGGCAACAAUACUAAACGCCACCGUCGUUGUUAUGAUGAUGCAUCGGAUUCCGGCGUUCUAGGCGUCCAAAAAGAAAAUGGUAGUUCCUCCAUUCAUUGCGGCGCCGGGGAUGGUAGCGGUAGCGGCGGCGGCGGUUUUGGUUUUGAUCUCGAAACUGUCUCUUCCUCUUCCUCUGAGGACGGCGCGCCGAAUGAUUAACCCCGGUGGCGGCAGUCUGUUCCCUGUUGCCUGGUCCUACGAAAAGAGAGAGAUAUACCCCUCCGUCACAUGUUUU